AUGGACAUCAGUUUUACACCGUCGAACAGUAUUACAAAUAUACUUUUACCUGUGUUAAAUAUACAUAUAAGUAUGGCAUUUUAUUCAGCACGUGCUGAUGCUGCACUAAGGCCUACAAAGCAAAUUAUUGCACCUUUUCCCGUAAAAGAAAUUGUGCCAAGUUCUAAGAGUGGCGCGAAUGUUAUUUAUAAAUUUCAAAACUAUGAAGCUACAACGAUGAUAUAUUUUUGGUGUAUGACAACAGAACUUACAUCGUAUAAAUCAAUUAAUCUUACAGCAUUAGAAAAAUUUCGUGUUUUAGUUGAUAAGACACAAAGCUGGACAUUUCAAGCUUUAGAACUUUAUCGAGUAGAUCCAUCAAUAAAUGGUACACAUACGUGUAUGUAG